AUGCAGACCAAGUCCUUCUUCACCACCCUGCUUGCUCUGUUGCCCGCAGUUCAAGCCUUCGAGUUCACCGGGCCUGACCCCUCGGUCGACCUCGACUUCAGAAAGGAAAUCACCAUCACUUGGAACGGCAAAGUUGGAAAAGAUGUUUCCCCCAAACUCGAUUUAGAGUGGUACGCCGAACCCGACAAGCUCCACAAGAUCGGCUCCGAGAUCACUCGCAAUGUCGCAGACGUGUACCUGUCUGACCGCCAGUAUAAGGUGAAGUUCGGCAAGAACACGAAUGGCUUGCUUCGUCCAUAUGCCAAGGAACUCGCUGCAGACAAGUUGUUCUCGUUCAGGGCUAUAUUCAGGGAUGGAGAAGAAGACGUUACGUAUUACAGUCAGAACUAUACUGUUGUUGGACUGGAGUAG